AUGGCCUCUUCAACUCCGCCACCGCACUGUACUCUCACCACAACAAAACCUUACCAGAACAACCACUCCCACCACCUCCAAAACCACCUUCAAAACCGUAAUUCCCACCAUCAACACUGGGCAUCCCAAAAGGUCUUCCUAAAUAAAAAUAAUCCUUCUCAUACCCGAAAUGCGGCACCCAAGCCUCCUUCCGGCCCAGGCUCCACCUCCGGCCCAGGCUCUGCCUUCCCUUCCCUCUCCUCCGCUGACUUCUCCGGCCGCCGCUCUACCCGCUUUGUUUCCAAGAUGCAUUUUGGCCGCCCCAAGUCAACAGCCUCCUGCCGACACACAUCUGCCGCGGAGGAGCUCCUUCAAAAGGCUCUUUGCUGCAGCGGUGAUCAUAACUGUAUAGAUGAUAUAUUAUUGAGCUUUGAGCCGAAGCUUCGUGGGUCGGAUGACUACACGUUCUUGCUCCGGGAGCUAGGGAAUAGGGGUGAGUGGUCUAUCGCCAUGCGUUGCUUUCAAUUCUCGAUUAACCGGGAAAAGAGGCGCAAUGAUAAAGGUAAAUUAGCUAGCUCAAUGAUUAGUACUCUUGGUAGAUUAGGCAAAGUUGAUUUAGCUAGGGAAGUUUUUGAAAAUGCGGUGAAUGAGGGGUAUGGGAACACUGUAUAUGCUUAUUCUGCAUUGAUCAGCGCUUACGCAAAGAGUGGGUAUUGUGAUGAGGCCAUUAGGGUCUUUGAGACCAUGAAAGACUCGGGCUUGAAGCCCAAUUUGGUCACAUUCAAUGCAUUGAUUGAUGCAUGUGGAAAAGGAGGUGCUGAUUUCAAGAGGGCUUCAAUGAUUUUUGAUGAAAUGUUGAGCAAUGGGAUGCAACCAGAUAGGAUUACUUACAAUUCGCUUCUGGCAGUUUGCAGUGGUGCAGGGCUGUGGGAGACUGCGAGGAGUUUAUUUAGUGAAAUGUUGUAUAGGGGGAUUGAUCAAGAUAUUUAUACAUAUAAUACACUUUUGGAUGCUGCUUGCAAUGGUGGGCAGAUUGAUGUGGCUCUUGAGAUAAUGUCUGAGAUGCCCACCAAGAAGAUCUUGCCGAAUGAGGUAACUUAUAGCACUAUAAUUCGUGGAUGUGCCAAAGCUGGGAGACUGGAUAGGGCUCUCAGUUUGUUCAGUGAGAUGAAGUUUGCGGGUAUUAAGUUGGAUAGAGUGUCUUAUAAUACCUUACUUGCUAUUUAUGCUAGCCUCGGCAGGUGUGAGGAGGCUCUGAAUAUUGGCAAGGAGAUGGAGAGCAUGGGGAUUAAGAAGGAUGUUGUCACUUACAAUGCUCUAUUGGAUGGGUUUGGUAAACAGGGGAUGUAUGACAGGGUUAAGGAACUGUUUGCAAAGAUGAAAGCUGAAAACCUCUUGCCUAACUUAUUGACUUACUCAACAUUAAUCAGUGUUUAUUCUAAAGGGGGUUUAUAUCGAGAUGCCAUGGAGGUCUACAGAGAGUUCAAGGGACGAGGCAUGAAGGCAGAUGUUGUUUUCUACAGCAAACUUAUAGACGCGUUAUGUAAAAUGGGGCUGGUGGAAUCGUCUGCAAUUCUUCUUGAUGAGAUGAUGAAGGAAGGUAUACAACCUAAUGUUGUAACUUAUAAUUCAAUAAUUAAUGCCUUUGGUCUGUCUGUCGCUGUUGAAUAUCUGGAGUCUCAGCUGGGAUCCUCACCACUACCUGAUCUUGAGGAUGUUGCUUAUAAUAAAGCUAAAGAUGAAAAGGAUGAUAAAAUCAUUAAAAUUUUUAAGCAGUUGGCUCGUGGAAAAUCAGCAAUUCUGAAUGCUUGCAGCCGUUGUAGUUCAUUUGAAGAAGCUUCACUGCUAUUAGAGGAACUACGUCUCUUUGAUAAUCAGGUUUAUGGAGUAGCACACGGACUUCUCAUGGGUCGUAAUGAGAAUGUUUGGUUGCAAGCUCUGUCCCUUUUUGAUGAGGUGAAACAAAUGGACACUUCAACUGCUUCUGCUUUUUAUAAUGCUCUGACUGACAUGUUGUGGCAUUUUGGCCAGAAACGAGGUGCUCAACUUGUUGUUCUUGAAGGAAAACGCCGACAAGUAUGGGAAAAUACUUGGUCUGAAUCUUGCUUAGAUUUGCAUCUAAUGUCUUCAGGUGCUGCAAGGGCUAUGGUUCAUGCCUGGUUGCUUGAUAUUCGCUCUAUUGUUUUUGAAGGCCAUGAGUUACCAAAGCUUCUAAGCAUCUUGACGGGUUGGGGCAAACACAGCAAGGUGGUGGGUGAUGGUGCACUUAAGCGUGCUAUUGAAGCUCAGCUAACCAGCAUAGGUGCACCUUUUCAGAUCGCCAAGUGUAAUAUUGGAAGGUUUAUAUCAACUGGGGCUGUGGUUGCUGCCUGGUUACGAGAAUCAGGCACGCUAAAGGUACUCGUUCUUCAGGAUGACAGAACUAACCAAGAAGGCACAAGGGAGAAGACAGAACUCCGUGUUCCCACAAUUGCAGUAGGCGAGGACGGUCGGGAAGUUUCACUAUCCUUUUUGCUGCAUGGAUUUACAGAGCUCUCUGCAGCCUUUUCCAAUUCCACGGAAGCUAAGCUACUAGUAGUAUUUUCUUGUUAUAUAAACAUCAUAAUCACUGUUUCUUACUCUGUUGCGAACUUGCUAAAUGCUAUGGCACCCCCAAAUGAUCCAGCCAACUCAAUCUUUCAUGUCCUAUCCAGCGAAAGACAUAACCUCUUUGAACUUGUUUAUGGCAAGCUUUAUGUGAGAAAUUUGCCACUGCUCACUGAAAUUCCAAGCAAUGUCACCUUUAAAAGUUUCUCUUCAAUAUGCCAAUCCACUGAUGCUCCUCUACCACUGUUUCAGCGUGUGAAAUCGCAGUCUUUUAAUGGAGGAUUCCUCGGAUUCAGCAAGGAGGAAUCUUCUGAAAGGCUAAUGAAUUCCCUUGGCAAAUUUAGUGCAAGGGAUUUUCUCAGCAUUUUCAGGUUCAAAACAUGGUGGUCUACUCAGUGGGUAGGCAAUUCGGGUUCCGAUUUAAGGAUGGAAACACAAUGGAUAAUGUUUGAUGUCCCUGAGAUAAAGUCUUACGUUGUCAUUAUACCAAUAAUUGAAGGCAAAUUCAGGUCUGCCCUUCACCCUGGAACUGAAGAACCUACUGGAAUCUGGCAUGGUGUGAAGGAGUUCUCAGAUGGCGGGCUUUCCACAAGAUUUCUCAUCAUUGAUGAUGGCUGGCAAAGCAUCAACUUUGAUGGACAAAAUCCGAAUGAGGAUGCGAAAAAUCUAGUCCUUGGAGGGACUCAAAUGACUGCCAGGCUUCACAGGUUUGAUGAAUGUGAAAAAUCCAGGAAGUACAAGGGUGGAUCCAUGUUGGGGCCUGAUAGCCCUCCAUUUGAUCCAAAGAAGACAAAAAUGUUGAUUUCUAUGGCAAUUGAGAUUGAAUUUGCUGAAAAAGCUCGCAAUAAGGCAGCUCAAUCUGGAAUCACUGAUUUGUCUCAAUAUGACGGUCAAAUUGAGAAAUUGAAAAGGGAGUUGGAUGACAUGUUUGGCAGAGAAGAAGGAAAAACUUCCAGCAAAGGAUGUGCAAAUAGUUCUUGCAAAUCAGAAAACUUUGGAUUGAAAGCUUUCACAAGGGAUUUGAGGACGAAUUUCAAAGGAUUGGAUGAUAUAUACGUCUGGCACGCGUUAUGUGGUGCUUGGGGAGGGGUGAGGCCUGGAACAACUCAUCUUGAUUCCAAGAUUGUGCCGUGCAAAUUGUCCCCUGGACUUGGUGGAACCAUGGACGAUCUUGCUGUGGUGAAAAUUGUUGAGGGUUCCAUUGGACUUGUUCAUCCUGAUCAAGCCGAAGAUUUCUACGACUCGAUGUACUCUUACCUUUCUACCAUUGGAAUUACUGGAGUUAAAGUGGAUGUGAUUCAUACACUUGAAUAUGUGUCUGAGGAUUAUGGUGGUAGGGUUGAGCUUGCGAAGGCCUAUUAUAAAGGGCUGUCAAAAUCCCUUGCCAAGAACUUCAAUGGAACUGGACUAAUAUCCAGCAUGCAGCAAUGCAAUGACUUCUUUUUACUUGGAACUCAGCAGAUAUCUAUGGGAAGAGUUCGGGAUGAUUUCUGGUUCCAAGAUCCUAAUGGUGAUCCAAUGGGAGUAUAUUGGUUACAAGGUGUCCAUAUGAUUCACUGUGCCUAUAACAGCAUGUGGAUGGGUCAGUUUAUACAACCAGAUUGGGACAUGUUUCAAUCGGACCAUCUGUGUGCGAAAUUCCAUGCUGGAUCCCGGGCUAUCUGUGGGGGGCCAAUUUAUGUGAGUGAUUCUGUGGGUGGCCAUGAUUUUGUUCUGUUGAAGAAACUUGUAUUCCCUGAUGGUACCAUUUCCAAAUGCAUUCAUUUUGCUCUCCCAACAAGAGAUUGCCUCUUCAAGAAUCCCCUCUUUGACAGCAAAACCAUUCUCAAAAUUUGGAACUUCAACAAGUAUGGAGGUGUGGUUGGUGCAUUCAACUGCCAAGGUGCUGGAUGGGAUCCUAAGGAGCAAAAGAUAAAGGGCUACUCUCAUUGUUACAAACCAAUUUCUGGUUAUGUUCAUGUGAGUGACAUUGAAUGGGAUCAGAAGGAGGAAGCAAAUGAAAUGGGAGAAGCAGAAGAAUAUGCCGUCUAUUGUAGUGAGGCCGAGAUACUAAUUGUAACAACACGCAAUUCUGAAGCUAUUCCAAUCAAUAUUCAGCCAUCUACAUUUGAGAUUUUCAGCUUCAUCCCAAUCAAGAAACUCGCCGAGGCUUUGAAAUUCGCUCCAAUUGGACUAAUCAAUAUGUUCAAUAGUGGAGGAACAAUUCAAGGCGUGGUAUACAAUGGGACUGGUGUGGAAAUUGAAUUGAAGGGGGGAGGGAAUUUCUUGGCCUAUUCCAGUGUGUCACCUAAGAAAUGCUAUCUCAAUGGUUCUGAAGUUGGAUUCAAUUGGUCAGAAAAUGGCAAAUUGGGAUUGUAG